AUGAGUUCACAAUGGUCGUAUAGCAUCCUCUUGAUUGACAACUUUGCUACUGGUGUCCAUAUCUACCGAGGUGGAGGGCGAAACGAUUACGAGAAGUGGCUGACAUUUUUCGCAAAAUGUCUGCAGGGGUUAUCGGCGACUGCCCCCGAUUUUUGUUUGUUCUCCAGUGUCAUUGUCCACAACCCAAAGCGAACGAUGACAGUGACCGGACAUAAUGGAUUCAUUUCAAUCAUGCUGCCACUAUCACGAAGUGGUAAUCUUCAACGUUAUCGUCUGGCUCACAAGAAACAUGCCGAGAUUUUAACCAUUCAGAAAGAGCCUUUUUACAGAGACAAUAACUCGAAGCCAUUCUAUGAGUGCCGUAUCUUCUCCAUUUCGUGUUGUCACGAGACAGCAAUUACCGAUGGACAGAUUUUUGAGUUUGUGAAGCAAUUAUACAACGGGGAGGUGGGGGAAGGCUACUGGAUUUAUAAUAAACAGCCGCGUCAAGUACGAAGCGAGUUGCACGAUAUUCCUUGCGAGAGUUGGGAAGGGACCCAGGAGCAUAGUCACCUCAACGACACGGAGACAUUACCAUCAGAGCACAUUUCUAUGACAGACAAUAACGCACCUAGCACUGAAGCUGAAGGCGCUGAAAAGGAUAAUGGAGGAGGCAAGCGACAAAGGAUCCACGGCGCACAUCGGGUCAAAUUAACGACCAAGGGUUGCAUUCAAAAGGCUGUCAGCAAUCCCGAUGAAGCGAAAACCGUGUUCGUAAAAAGAUGCGCCGCAAUGGUCGAGAAAGGCUUGGUGGAGCUAGGACAGACUCACGAUACAGUGGGUAAAACGCCAAAAUCGAGGAAUAAGUCAAAAAGGAGCUUUGGAUCGAUCGCUGAAGCAAACAUCGGGGCAAACCUAUCCCAAUACCAACAACAAAUCCUCACAAAAAGAUCACGCACAGAUCUGGCGGAUUUACUCGAGGCUCAUGGUGCAAUAUUGGAAUCGGAUUCAUGGCGUGCAAACAUCUUUAGUCGCUAUAUAAGGCUCUAUUUUCGGGGCCUUGAUGAAAAGCAUCCGGAUAGGGGCAACUGCGACGAAGAACAGUAUGCCCAGAAGAAAGCGAGGUUUUGUGAGGUUAUGGCUGCGCUUGUGAACAGUCUGGAACCAGUAUGGGGUGUUUGUGCACUAUUUGUAUUCGAUGGCUUUGGAGACGGUAAGGAAAUACAGAUCACAAUUCCGGAAGAUACGCUCGUAACGAAUCCAGCCUGGUUCAUUAGUUGUGUGACAAACCAAAGCUGUUCCGAUACCUGCACUAUGAUCGGUCUUGACAAAUUCGCAUACCUUGACGUCCAGUCUGCUAUCGAUGACCACGCCACCAGAAUCGCGGACCUUGGGUUGCUUUGUGGACGAUUCCCUUUGUCGAAGCUCCUCGCUUUGGAAAAAGGAGAGAGAGCAGGCCGGGCAAUCAAGCGAGAGGGGGGUUUGCUACACAUCACUCUUACGUACCCGGGAGCACAGGUCACAGGUGGAAAGUCUCACGUGCCAGGAGCUAUUCCGGAAAAUAGUGCGGACAAAAGAGAUGACGGCAUGACAGGAAAUACUCAAGACCACGGAUCCGAAGCUGUUGGUGAUGCGCCUCGGCGAACAUGUCCCUCAGAGACAAAUAACGGCGAGCACCCGUCGACGGGUACGAGAAGCUGGUGUUCGACAGGAAUGGGCACUAUAGACCUCCUAGUGGCAGCGACUGCACAUGUCAGCCCACCAACUACGCACCACCCCGGUCAGCAGAAUCUUAUGGAGCCAACUUCAGCGAGAACCAGCCACAUGGUAUUCCACGAACAAGAAUUCCAGGUAUCUGGCUCUAUUGAAAGUCGGUCGGGCAUCACCUCCGCAAUUAAUGAUCCAUGGGUUCCAGGGGAUGAAGAAUCCUCACAGAGCUUCCAGCAGGCUAGCCAAUUGGGAAUGUUAAUGGAUUGGGAUUGGGUAACGGCACGGCAAGAUCCUAUCCUAAUAAGUUUGGACGGCAUCGGCAGCGGCGGCGUCAUCUCGGGCUACGAUCUUAAUGAUCUCGUGUUAGAAAAUCAUGGUGACUAUGAGACAAGACAUGGGACUACAUAG